AUGCUCGUCCACGCAUCCAUAGCACUUUCCUUAAUCCCCGUCCUGCUCUCCGCAAUCAGCACAACGGCUUUGCCAACGACUGAACCAAGUCUCGCCGUCGCUACCUCCCUCGUAGCGCGAGCAGAAAUUCAGCCCCUCACUUUCACGGACUCCAACUGGAUCUGGACUGGGGAAACCGCGAGUCCAGGCGGUGACGCUCCCGAUGGUUCUCGUCCGUUCCGCCUGACUAUUCCUCACACCUCCACCAAGUGUCCCGUAUGUGCGACUAUCAUAAUCAUCGCCGACAACCGCUACACGCUCUACGCCAACGGUGCUGAGGUCGGGUCUGGCAUAGCAUACGAAGGAACAAGCUCCACUUCCCAGGUAUACACCGUCGGUCUUAACCCCGAAAUUGACAACGUCAUUGCCGUCAACGCCACCAACACCGGUGGUCCGGCAGGGUUGAUCGCUACGCUCCUCGUCGAUUACCUCGACGGCACCACUGAGACGUUCGUCACCGAUGCGUCUUGGAAGACCCUAAAAACCCCCACUGUAGACGGUUUUGAGAACCCCAGCUUGGAUGACUCCGCUUGGAUCGCAGCGAAUGUCCAAGGACCGGCAGGGAUGGCGCCGUGGGGAGCGAUCUCUCUCCCGCCCGCCUUGGAUUUGACGCAGAGCGACUGGAUUUGGACAAAUGAGACUGACUCGGCAGGAAAUGCACCCAUCGGGAGCAGGGCCUUCAGAAAGACGAUCAUUUCACCGUAUGGGAAGGGUGCUGUCUGCGCCAAAGUGGUCAUGACGACAGAUAAUGCAUACACCCUCUAUGCCAACGGACAGUCCAUCGGAUCUGGCAGCGAUUAUACCAGCGCCCAAGCAUAUAGUGUGCCGCAGCUGGAUCCCGAUGAGAACGUAUUCGCCGUGAAUGGUACCAACGUUGCUCCUGGAGGGCCCGCUGGGGUAAUUGGCACCAUUCUUGUGGCAUACAGCGAUGGAACGUCGGCGUCGUACAUCACAGACAACACCUGGAAAGCGUUCAUUGGGGUUCCAAGCGGAUUCGAGCUUCCGGCGACAGACGAUGAUGCUUGGAGCGAUGCCACAGUUGUGGCAAAGUAUGGAGGCUCACCUUGGGGUGACAUAACAGUGCCAACGGCUUGA